GCGCCUUGCAAAUGAAACGCAUGCGCAAACAGAUCGUGACGACCAAGAUGGCGGCUUGAGAGGCUGUUACUUUUCGGAGAAGUUAAAUCUUUUCUCUAAAAGCAAACGUAGCUAUACAUUCCUCAACUAUGUAUUUUGUUAUUAAAGUCCCAAAAGCAAAAGUGGAGUUUGGAGCGAAGGAGCGUGAUCUGAAGUGAAGAUCGAAGACUUGAUAGAAGACGGACGACUGCUGCUAUGCUAGCAAGAUGGCUGAAAGACAAUCACCAACGGAGAAAAGGAUGAAAACUGCAGAUAAAGACGUCCAGCAGCUGACUGGUCAUCCAGAAGGACUUCUCCCCCAGUCGCCGCUGAGGAUCUCCACUUUGAAGCAGGAGGAUCCAGAGCCCCCCUACAUUAAAGAGGAAGAGGAGGAACUCUGGAUCACUCGGGAGGGAGAGUGUCUUCUAGGACGAGAGGAAGCUGAUCUCACCAAGUUGCCGCUGACUGUCGUCUCUGUGAAGACUGAAGACGAUGAAGAGAAACCACAACCAGACCACCUCUCAGCGCCACGAUCAGACAGUGAGGCUGAAGACAAAGUUCAAGAACCUUUGAGCAGCGAUACAGACGCAGAAGACAUUGGUCAUCCAGAAGAACUUCUACCCCAGUCGCCGGGGUGGAUCUCUGCUCCGAAGCAGGAGGCUUCACAGCCCCCCAACUUUGAUGAGGAAAGGGAGGAUCUUUGGAUCACUCGGGAGGGAGGUGAUCUCGUCAAGUUGCCACUGCCUGUUUUCUCUGUGAAGACUGAAGAUGAUGAAGAGAAACCACUACCGGAUAACCUCUUAGCUCCACUAUCAGAUAGUGAGACUGAAGACGAGGUUGAAGUCACUUUGAGCAGCGAUACAGAUUCUGAAGUUGAUAUGAGGACUCACACUGACAACAAACACUCUAAAUGCGCUAAAAAGAACAGAGAUAAGACACGUUUAAGGUGCUCAGUUUGUGCAAAAAGAUUUUCUAAAAAGAGCCAUUUGACUGACCACAUGAGAACACAUACCGGAGAAAAGCCAUUUAAUUGCUCCGUUUGCAAUAAAAGCUGUUCUCUAAAGGGCAAUCUGACUCAACACAUGAGAAUGCACACAGGAGAAAGACCAUUCAAUUGUUCAGUUUGUGGGAAACGCUUUCCUCUAAAGACCCAUUUGACUCAACACCUGAGAACGCACACAGGAGAGAAACCGUUCACGUGUUCAGUCUGUGGUAAACACUUUAAAGUAAAGGGCAGUUUGACUCAACACAUGAGAAAACACACUGGAGAAAAUCCAUUUCAUUGUUCAGUUUGUGGUAAAAACUUUUCUAAAAAGGGCAGUUUCACGCAACACAUGAGAACACACACCGGAGAAAAACCAUUUGAUUGUUCUAAGUGCAGUAAAAACUUCCAUACGCGACGAGGUUUGACGCUACACAUAAUGAAACACACCGGACAAAAUCCAUUUAGUUGUUCAAUCUGUGGUACGAGCUUUUUUCAAAAGAGCCAAAUGAUGCAACACAUAAGAACGCACACCGGAGAAAAACCAUUUAAUUGUGUGGUUUGUGAGAAAAGCUUUUCUCAAAAGGGCAGUUUGACCAAACACAGCAGACUACACACAGAAGCGAAACCUUUUUGUUGCUCAGCUUGCGGGAAAAGCUUUUUUACCAAACAAGGUUUGACUCGACACAAAAGAACUCACACGGGAGAAAAACAAUUCAAGUGUUCAGUCUGUCCAGCGAGCUAUAGUCGCCAGAGUCAUUUGUCCUAUCACAUGAGAACACACAGCAGUAACAACGUAUAAUUGUUCAGUUUGCGCUCAAAUAUUCCCUCUUCAUGCAAACAGGAGAAGACACAAAAGAACACAUCCAUCCAUUUUCAACCGCUUGUCCCUUUCGGACUAUCUCAGCUGCAUUCGGGCGGAAAAAACAAGGUUGUGGUUAAGCUAUAUGUAUUUACAAGUGGGUCCACAGAUGGAGCAUUAAUCUAUGAAAGACAUGUUGGACUUUUUCAUGCAUUAAUAAGUCAGCUAUUUAGUGGCUGUAAACAAGUGCUCUAUGAUACUGUUUGCUUGUACUGUCAGGUCUUAUAAGAUAUACAACAUAUAAGCCAAAUAUUAUGCUGUCAUCUAUGAAUCAUGUAUGCCGUUGUUUUAAUAGUGUAAAGUUAAUGUUUUGUAUUAAUGUUUAGUUAGUCUUAGUUUCCAUGAGCUUCAAGAGGUAGUCACCUGAAAUGGUCUUUACUUCCCAGGUGUGCUUGAAGCUCAUGGAAAGAAUGCCAAGAGUGUGCAAAGAGUGGCUAUUUUGAAGAAACUAGAAUAUAAAACAUGUUUUCAGUUAUUUCACCUUUUUUUUUUGUUAAAUACAUAACUCCACAUGUGUUCAUUCAUACUUUUGAUGUGACAACCUACAAUGGAAAUAGUAAUGAAAAUAAAGAAACCAUAUUGAUGAGAA